AUGUCCGAGAUUGAACAUUAUGAACCUUAUAAACGACCUGGCUACGGGACCAAGGGUCGUGCGGCCGUAUAUCGCGUCAACUACUUUGAAUUGAAAAAACUUCCAAAAAAGGCAACAUCGAUCAAAUAUGCGGUCGAAAUCACGAAGCCUUUUAUUACUGCAACAACUGGAAGAGCUUCCAAUACGCCACGAGAGCAAACACCUCUGAAAUUAGAAAUCAAGCGUAAAGUGUUUAGAGAGUUGGAAAGGAAAAAGGGAAAAGAAUUGUUCCAAAACGUUUCAUACUUUUUCGAUGGCAAUAACACGUUGUACUCCGAUAAAAACGUCAAUAUAAAAACCAACGUCUUCAGGAGCUCGGUGUUGCUCAAUGAUGAUCAUGAUGCGCAUGGCAGGCCGAAUGAGUUCCUGGUGCAAAUUUUCUUGUUGCAAGAUCCGCUUAAUCUCAACGAACUCGAUACCUACAUACAAGGAAAAACUUUUAGUUGGGAUUUCUUCAAUAUGGAUAGUUUGAAAGCCCUUAAUGAUUUGAUGCAUACCACCCCCGCCUCCAGAUAUGUCCAAUUUAAAGAUUUGAUUUUGGAUCCGAAUACUCGUAAAUCUUUAGGUGGCGGUAUGGAGUUGUGGGCAGGUUUCUUCGAGAGUGUUCGUCCUGGGGAAAAUGCACUCUUUGUAAAUGUGAAUCGUGCUCACUCUGUAUUCUACGAAAAAAAAGAUUUGGUUACGUUCUUGCGUGAAUAUCUUAAGCUUAGUGAUUUACCUGCAACCUUCAGCAGAGAACAACGAGAUAGAAUCAACAGUGCCCUUGCCAAAUUGAGAGUCAGACCAUUACAUCGACCAAAUGUCAAAAAUAGCCAAUCAAUUGAGUGUAUUUCGUCAAAGAAGGCAGUAGAACAUACAUUUCCGCUUAGUGAGACGGGAGAAACUACAAAUGUAAAGGAAUAUUUCAAAAAACAUUAUAAGAUAGAGCUUAAAUACCCUCAUGUAGUAGAAAUGCAAAAAAAGCCAGAAGUUUGGCCACUUGAAUGCUGUGAGAUUGUCCCUGGACAACGCGUUGCGCUGAAAAAUCUUAAUGGCGAGCAAAUCGCAAAGAACAUAACCUUCACCACAGCUCUUCCUAAAACGAAUAUGGAAACCAUCUUGAGAGAAGGUGUCGGUCAUAUGUUGAAUUUCGCUAAUGAUCAAAAACUUAAGGAUUUCGAAGUAGGAGUCGACACUCAAAUGGCAGUGGUUCCCGGUCGAAUCAUGAAUUUACCAACUAUCACCUAUCAUUCGUCUUCUAGAGAGGGUCCAAAACUCAUACCGAACAAUGAUGGAUCUUGGAAUCUUCGUGGACGAAAAUUCAUCAAAAGCGGUGUUCCAUUAAAAUACUGGUUUGUCAUAUGCUGUGUUGAAGAGAGAUACUUGCCUCGUCUGGAUAUCGAAAACUUUAUUAUUACGUUGGUUAAUACUUGCCGUGGUCAAGGAGUGACUAUAGACAUGGGUAGACCGGAGAUCAUCUAUGUAAACCCACGUGGAGAUUUCAAAAAAACAAUUCAAAGGGAAUACAAUAAUUCAAGAGAAUUCCUUCCUAAUAAACCGCAAAUGAUCUUGUUUCUUCUACCUCCAGAAGCUAAGAGCAAUAACAAGAGAGAUAAGCAAAUGUUUCCAGAUAAUGUCUAUGAUCGUCCAUUGAAUCAGAGCCUCUAUCGUGAUAUAAAAUUUAUGACCAGUACGGUUCUGGGUUUAUUAUCGCAAUGUAUCGUCGCUGACAAGAUCCAUAAAGGUCCUUCCUACUGCGCAAACGUUGCUUUGAAAAUUAAUUUGAUGCUUGGCGGAACCAAUUCAAUUCUCGAUGUGACUGAAAUUUCCGAACUUAUAAAAGAACCUGUCAUGCUUUUGGGUGCCGACGUUACACAUCCGACCAGUGAAAACAACCGUAAUUGCCCAUCAAUUUGUUCAGUUGUCGCUUCAGUUGAUCUGCAUGGCAGCAGAUUUAUUGAUCAACAUCGCGAACAAAAAAGGACGAAAGAAGACUCCAAGGGGGUUAAGAAAAAUGUAUCUGAAGAGAAAAUUUUGGAAAUGCAACAAAUUGUCAAAGAACUCUUAACAGAAUAUAAAGAAAUUAAUCGAUGCUUACCUAAAAAAAUCGUCAUGUAUCGUGAUGGUGUAUCCGAGAGCCAAUAUAAAAUGGUUCUUGAAUAUGAAUUGAAGGCUAUUCAAACGGCUUGUAGAGAAUUCAAAGACAAAGAGGAAAAAACUUAUGAUCCUCCAAUUACUUUUAUCGUCGUUGGUAAAAGACAUCAUAUUCGUGCAAACGCUGAGGACAAAAAAAACACUGAUAGAAAUGGAAAUUGUCUUCCUGGAACGAUCAUUGAUCGAAAGAUCAUGCAUCCGUAUCUCUUCGAUUUUCUCUUAUAUUCUCACUCCAGUCUUCAAGGGACAUCACGACCAGCACAUUGCAUCGUGUUAUACGAUAAAAAUAAGUUUGAUACCGAUACCCUUCAAGAGUUCACAUACAAACUCUGUUUUAAUUAUCAACGUGCGACGCGAUCAGUUUCUAUUCCUUCUCCAGUAUACUAUGCGCACUUGUCCGCCAAACACGCACGCACCCACGUAUAUGAAGGAAAACUUCGACGAGUACAUCCAACGCUUGCGAAAGAAUUUCCAAUAUUAUUGCAGAGCUUUGCGGGCGACAUUGACUUGAAACAUUUAGGUGGCUGUGCUGACCGUCGUGGAAGUUCGGGCUUUAAGGCAUCUCUUUCACUGAAAGAGCUCCAUGCAUCCAGGUAUAGAUACAGAAUACAGGUGUAG